AUGGCUUCGUCAAAUGGUAAGGAAAGUGCAAAAGUGACCGUUUCUAUGGAUAGUUUGAAAGUGUCAAGUAAGCAUACGUCUAAACAUGCGUCUUCUGAGUCUGUGCUAUCGAAGAAAGACAAAGAAUGUCUUCAAAUGCAGGAGUGUAAGAAGAAGUUAUUGGCUAUGGAACCACAGAUAAUAAUAAGAGAUGAAAACGUGGUGCUACGAUCUCCACCACAGAAGAAGAUUGUGAUGCCUCCACAGAUUAAUCCAGAGUUACAUUACGCAAGUGAGCUAUCCACAGCCUUGCAUUUUGCUCGAAUGGUGCCAAGGUCCUUCCCUGAACUUUGCACAAACUUUCCUUGCUCCCGCAAUGUGACGCAGCAACUUUACUAG